UAGCCAUGUCCUUCGGCCUCUCGACUCCCUCGUAUGCGUGGUGGUGGUGGUGGAAGGGUCAAACACAGCUCAACUGUCAACUCUAUAAUUAGCAAGUGAACAGCGAUCUCGCCUCCGUUGCGAGAUGUCAAGUGGCACAAGAUACUGGUGAAGAAAAGAAAAGAUGGUUGAUCUGACGCGAAACUGUGGCCGUGCUGGCUGUUUACUUUCCGACGCAAUGGCGAUAAGAGAUUCAACGGUUUUCGGUCAAAAUGGAUUCAUGGCAGCAUAUCAGGCCGCUCUGUCCGUUUCAUUCAAGUAAUUGUCGACAGAAAUUCAACGUCCGGAGCUGAAAGCCUGACAUGAAAUGAAGCAGUCACCUUACUUAUCCGGGACUCAGAAAUUGAACGACCCACGCGCCCCGGAUGUCUCACAACCACGGAAC